AUGACUAAUAACGAUACAGUUCAUCAACUGGCAGAACAAAUUGGAAACAUAUAUGUUACCAAUCAACAACAAUUAAAUGAACAACUUAAACAAAAACUCGACAAUUUGAAAGAAGAAUAUAUAGAAAAAGAAAUUGAACGUCUUGAAAACGAAGCCAAACAAAAAGAAGAUGAAGCUAAACAAAAAAAAGAUGAAGCUAAACAAAAAGAAGAUGAAGCUAAACAAAAAAAAGAUGAAGCACAUGAAGCUCGAGAAAAAAUUAAAAUUCUUCGUCAGUCAUUGAAACGACCACUUUCACAUGAUUUAGAAUUAGCAGCAGAUGAUAAUCAAUCAUCAUCCUUAAUUAUACAUGAAGCUCUAAUCAAGAUCGGAAUAAUAGCACCAACAGAAUAA